UUUGUGGGGCUAAAACGGAUGACGACUGAAAGCUGCGUGAAUCAAGUGCAGUUUUAUUUUUGUUGCAAUGUUGUUGACUCAGAUCAAAGUGGUAUGUGUUGUCCUGUGCCUCAUUGGCUUCAGGGAGCCCUGGAAUACCUCAGAUGUUACAGCGGUUCUGCACGGAGGACUCGCACAUCAAGGCUUUAUCAGAUCUGUAAAUGAUGCUAACCUGAUGUUUGAGUUCUUAUGGAGAGGACUGCAGAUUGAUGCUGACAAUAAUGUUGUCAUGCGGGAUCAAGAAAUUGCAUCGAUGCGACAAGGGCGAGCUUUCUUAUCUCUUAUAAAUGACAGUAUCCCAAAGACUGUCUCUGCAAUGGAGAAGUUACUGGCUAUGCUGGAAGAGCAAGACAACUCUUUCACUCAGACCCGUUUUGAGACCCUCCUCCUCGGGACUAUCUAUUCAGCCUACCAGGCACAAAACCAGAGGCUAGAGUCGGAGCAGCAGGCCUGGAUGGAUAUUCUUGGUCGUUUUGCAAAUGUUACUUUCGUUCAGCUACGCAAGUCUUAACUAACAAUAAACAUACCAGUGAUUCACAAGUUCACACGUACAGAAAAUCAGAUAAAGAGUGUGCAUAUUUGGCGUGCUGUCCGAGGGGAGGGCUCUGAGCUCGGAAUUUGGCCUGAACCCAGAGUACUCACCCAUAUUCUAGACUGGGAUAGGAAAAGUCGAGUGAGGAGUUGGGGUGGUGAAGGGAUGCUGGAAACUGUUGAGGGACA